GUGUAUAUACAGCCGUGCAGGCACGUGCGAGCCGACGAUGUUUAUGUGAAGGAAUGCGUGUGCCAACCGUGUGAACACUGUGAACGGAAGUCGACUGCGUCGCGCGAUAUUGAACUUGUUCGAUAUGAAUUGUAGAAUAACACUGUGUAAAAAUUAUUGCAGUUAUCACUGCGGUGUAAAUAGCCUGCUGAUAGUCAGAUUCGCAGAACUCCAAGCAAAUAUGAUGAUAAGUCGAAUCAUUGUAGAAUGACUCUGGAAGAAUUUGAUAAAAAUUUCCCUGAUGACGUCAGCGUCGACAAUGCAACGGUGGAGCUGAAGCCUGCUCUGGAGGUGUACAGAACCAUUUCUAGAUUUUUGCUAAUUUACAAGAAGGAAAGGGAUCAAGAGAGGAUAGAGAGAGUGUGCAGAUACCUCGUGCUGACUCUCGACUCCGAGUCUCCGAAGAUAUCCUACGUCGGUGUGGCGCUCAACAAGGCUCACUACAUAUCAUGGAUAUCGCAAAUGAAGACGGUCUUGUACCACUGCCUCUCCGGCUUGGACAGCCUGAAGCCGGAGAGGGUGUCGGACCACAAAUCCAUACUCCUGCGGCUGCACACUCUGGUGAGCUUCACGUCGCCGGGGACGUGGGCCAUACAGAAGGUGAAGGGCAUGGACCAGCUCAAGACCGGCAUGAGCCAGCUGUGCGCAAACAUAAUGGGCCAUCUAGUUAACAAUGGAUUCUACGCUACUAUGCAGACGCUCUUAAUGAAGGGACUGGGUAGAGCGAAAAUCGCUCUGAAACCGGUUACGCUUUCAGCAGCGGUCACUCUGACACUGAGGCCGCUGAUCUCUUCGCAAAUGUCCGACAAGCUGGUGUCCCUGUUCCUAAUUAACAUCUUUAGCGUGCCGGCUUUGGUCCAUCACCUGAAUAUCAUGUCACCGGAGUGCAUUUCAUCAUUCAUAACGAAUAACCUGUUCGCGAGAAGUUUGGAGUUGCUAAAUUCCGAGCAGAACUUAAGGAUCGUCUUUAACGCGCUGGAGGGCAGUUACGCGCUUUGUUUGCUCGCUAAUCUGAUACAACUGGCGAACAUCGAGAGGGAAGAAGUACUAAGAGAGCUCUGCUUUCCUUCCUUUACGUUCGUUGUGACGAGAAUGCUGGAGGCAUGUCAACAAUACGUAGUCGCCAAACGGAGUAAUUUGACGCAUUGGCACCCAGUAUUGGGCUGGUUUGCACAGACAAUCGACACCUCGUUGCAGGACGCGACUCCUUCGGUGAAAUUGCAGCUCGCCUGUCUUUGGACCGGCAGAAUCGUCACGCAUUUAAUCGAGCAGCCACUAACCGAAUUCGUCGAGAAGGAGGUACCACCUCCGGUAGAGCAGCAGAGUACCUCUUCCAUAGGUGCCAAUAUUUUCCGACGAGCGUUUCUCGAGGCGCGCACCAAUAGGAACAACAGCACCAAGAACUACAGGAAACUGGGUAGUCCGGAGGCUACCAAGAUAGCUCUGAUCUGUUCCCUGUAUCAAACGGCGCUGCACACGCUCACGCAAAUGAAGAUCGAGAUAUUGACGGGAUUGUGCUAUCAAGGCAAAAUUCUCUAUCACAUGUGGCUGUUUCUGACAACCCUGGGGCCGCACUGCGGUCUGAAAGCGUUUCUAGAUCUCUUGGCGGCUAACACAAAGUGCACGGCACCUGAGUUCCAAAUGUUGAUACUGUUCGCCGAUUGUAUGACGCAUUACGUUACCAUUUUGGACGACAUGGAGAUGUACGAGCACCAAGAUCCCUUCAAGCUCACGGACUUCAUCACGAUGUCGUACUUUCUAAAUCAAUUCUUGUACAAAGCGGUUCUCACUAAUUUAUUCGAUGUGAAGUCGGUAUCCAGCAAUCCUCUAUUUAUCUCACUUUACAUUCUUUUAAUGGCCAUCUAUCGGCGCGACUGCCGCAGAACAUUCUGCCCGGAGGGUCACUGGUUAGCCAAGGAAGUACGAGUAUCUGGCUUCCUGGCCGACUUGGAGAAAGGACGACGCGGCGCAGCGCUUUUACUCUCAAAAAUGCCUCACGUCAUCCCCCAUUCCGAGCGAGUCGUGUUAUUUCGCAAGCACAUAGCCGACGAGAAAGCAGUGAUGGGUCUGACCGAGAGCGCUUGCAACAGCCCACCGACUACUCUCAUCGUCGUGCACAGAACGCGGAUAGUUGAGGACGGAUACAGACAAUUGGCUAUGUUGCCGUCACAAGCAUUAAAAGGUGUGAUCAGGGUACGUUUCGUGAACGAGCAAGGUCUAGCUGAAGCUGGCAUCGAUCAGGACGGGGUUUUCAAGGAGUUCUUGGAAGAGACGAUAAAGCGAGUAUUCGACCCAUCCCUGAACUUGUUUAAAGCCACCAGCGAAAACCGGCUGUAUCCGUCUCCCACAUCUUUCAUGCAGGACAAUCACUUGCAACUAUUCGAGUUCGUCGGACGGAUGCUCGGCAAAGCGGUUUACGAGGGCAUCGUCGUGGACGUACCUUUCGCGUCAUUCUUCGUCUCGCAAUUUUCCGGGCAAACAGGCGGCGCGUUAUACAGUUGGCUAGAUGAGCUUGCUUCGCUGGACCGCGAUCUCUACCGUAGCCUGACUUUAGUGAAGCACUACAAGGGCGAUAUUCGUCAGCUGGAGUUGACGUUCUCCCUCGACGAGGACGUGCUCGGCAAGCUGGUCACGCACGAGCUGAUCACUGGCGGGCGCACCACCGCCGUGACCAAUCAGAACAAGAUUCAAUACAUCCACCAUAUGGCGCACUACAGAAUGUAUCAUCAGAUCAAGGAGCAAACGACCGCCUUCAUCAAAGGGUUCCGCUCGAUCAUUAAUCCUGAGUGGCUGUCGUUGUUCUCGACGCCCGAGUUACAGAGAUUGAUCUCGGGUGAUAAUGUACCUUUGGAUCUGCGAGAUUUACGAAAGCACACGCAAUACUACGGCGGAUUUCACGACAGUCAUCGUGUGGUCUGCUGGCUGUGGGACAUUCUGGAGAAGGAUUUUACGGAAGAAGAAAGAGGCUUGUUCCUAAAGUUCGUGACGAGUUGCUCGAAGUCACCGUUGCUGGGCUUUGCUCACCUGGAGCCACCUUUUUCCAUACGAUGCGUGGAAGUCUGCGACGACGAGGACACCGGCGACACUAUUGGCAGCGUGAUCAGAGGUUUCUUCACGAUUCGCAAGAAGGAUCCGCAAAACCGACUGCCCACUUCGUCAACGUGUUUCAAUCUGCUCAAGCUGCCGAAUUAUCAGAAGAAGAGCACGCUGCGGGAGAAGCUGCGCUACGCCGUCACCAGCAAUACCGGUUUCGAACUCUCCUAAGUGUUGCCGCGGUCGCGCAUCUUUACCCUCCCUCACCCGCCGCCGGAACGGACGAGCGAAGGUUUGUGCGAAUUUGUCGAAACAUCGCGCGUGACAGUUUUCGCCAAUUGGAACGAGAUAUGUGAUUCGAUCGGCGAUCGGACAUCGCCGUGAGAUUUCGCGGAGAGGACGAAAAGUCGAAUGACAUCGAUCGAUACCUCAGAUUCGACGCUGUCUACAGCGAUGUGUCGAGUGAUGCCUAAACCGCCCUUUAUCCCCAUCCAGUGUAUAAUCUCUACAGCCCGACGAUUAAAUGCGUCGCUAUUUAAACGCCUGCUGAUUUUUAGAUAACGCGAACAUUUUAGAGGUCGACACUUAGAGGCGGCUUUUUUUUUCUUGGAAAAACAUUGCGACCUCAGUAUUGUUCGGGGAUUGAUCGGUAUCGAGAGGAAACAUGAGAAUGUACAACACAAGGGUAUACAAUAACGAGCCUGAUGAACGGUUAGAUAAUUGUUAGAUACAUACAUAUACAUAUAUAUAUAUUUAAUAAAUUUCAUCGUACGAGAGUUAAGUAUAUUAGGUGAAGCCUGUUUAACGAGUUCGUGUUUCUGCGGUCUUCGAUAUAUUCAUACAGGCACACACUACCGAUGUGAAAUACACCGUACCUCAUGAGCUUAAUACCGCUGAGAUAUAAUUGUGCGCUUGCUAGUGGAUAGAGUCGUUGAUCAACAUUUACAUUAAGACCUCGGGGGUGGCGGACAUUCGAAAUUUAUUUUCAUAGAUAACGUUGAAGAGAUAACAUUUGUUAUAGAUUACUCCGCUGGUGAACAUCCGACCAUUUCAGAAAUUGAAUCAAUAAGCAAGGAAAAGCCAUAGUCGUGAAAAAAAUUACGUCUUACAAAGUUAUAAAUUAUUAAAUUAUGAAUAAUCAGAAUAAUUCAUUAUUUUCUGAAUUAUUCCUUCGUCGAAUUAUUGCUUAAGUAUAAUUUAGCAGAUCCUUUAUGAAUUUGUAUUUGCACGAAAAAAUUUUCUUUUUAAUUACAUUUAUCAUUUUAUCUAUGAUGAAUCUUAGGAAUGUACAAAAGUAUUCAAAAUAAGAAAGAUAUUUAUAUAUACAUGUAAGCAUAUAGGUUUUAGAAUCAUUGCAUUUCUGUCGUGAAUACAAUCUUACAAAAAUUUCCAAGAAAGGCUGCGGUCUAUACGGUUUAUUGAUUCAAUUGAACAUUUGCAUCUUCGGAACAGGUUCGCCACUCCCGCAUUAACAAGAGGACAUCCUCGGAGCUGGGGGGAUGCCUUGUCGAACGAAUCAGCGCGCGUGCGAAAUAAGUCUCCGUGAGCAAUCAAAAAGACGACUUGCGAGUUUCUAAAAGUUUUCCUCGAUAUCAAGAGAAAAAGAAAUGUCAACCCGGGGAGGAGGCCGCGAUCUAUUUUAAAAGCUAUUUUCUCAAGGUUUUUGUAUGGACUAUCGGCGCGACGGUGCCGUCUAAUCGAUUUAAUACGAUCCAAAAGUACAAUUCUCACGGGUGCUCGCGAAUAAGAAGUCCUCUGCAGGGUUCGUUCCGAAGGAAACUGUGACAAAAAGUCUCGUCGUAUAUUUCAUGCGAAUACGAGGGAUUGAGAGGUUCUUCGAGCAUCCGCAAUCAGAAGCUGAGAGACAAGACGUUCUCGAGGAAGAGAAAAACAAAAAGAAUAUUUUUUUAAUUUUGGAACAAUACACAUAUUUUCUGUCUAUUUAUCACUAUAGAAAAACUUUAUCGUCGCGACAAGUAAAUGAGAAAAGGUUUGGUGAAAAAAAAAACUUAACCGCGAGCGGACACACAAACUUGACAAAUAAAAUUUAUAAUGCUCUAUAAUUUAUACAUUAACGAUCUAAUUUUAUUUUUUAUCAUUUUUAUAGACGUUUGUUGUCGCAAUUGUUAGCUCGACAGACACAGCUCUAACGAUUAGCCCCAAAAAAAUGCUUAAACAAAAAAAUCUUGUCUUGUUUUAACUCAAAUUUAUAUAAUAUAAAGUGCAUAACGCGAGAUUUUUUUCAAUCGUUACGACGAUGAACUCGACGAGGGUUUCGUCCGCAAAAAUUCGCCAAAACGCAAAUUAGACGCGUGCGGAGGAUACACGCGUGUGUUUAUGACAAAUACGAA